UGUAAAUCUUUAUCUGACCUCUGCUCUGUGUUUUCUACAGGUGGUAUAGCAGGGGGUAUAGAGAUCUGUAUCACCUUCCCUACUGAGUAUGUGAAGACUCAGCUACAGUUGGACGAGAAGGCCAACCCUCCCAAAUACAGGGGCAUCGGUGAGUGUCUGACUGUGUGUGUGUCCUCUCACCCCACAACACAACAACCCAAACCCUUUCCCUAUCCAUCUCCCUUCAUACCUCUCUACCUCUUCUUCCCCAAUGCAUCUAACCUUCUUGAGAUACAGGGUCGUCAGUGUGUCUACCAAAUCAAUGAACCUCCAUCUAGCUCUAUCUCUUUUUCUCCCUCCAUUUCUUGUUCUCGCUAUCUCUCUCCCUCUCUCUCUUUCUCUCUCUCUGUCCCUCUUAGGAUCUAAUUAUCAAAUUACCCAUCAUCCUCAGGUGCAUUAGUGAUUCUGGCAAGCUGUCACGCUACUUGUUUGUAUGAGACACACACACACACACACACACACACACACACACACACACACACACACACACACACACACACACACACACAGUCAGUCUGGCUUCUCUUGGCUGGAGCUCUGAGGAUCUGAGACCAUCUUAAUGAGCCCUGCACACAGCUGUCUCUGCCUCAUACUAACUAGCUAUGUUCAUCAAGGAGUUUUCAUACUGUUGUGUCUCUCCAUGUGUGAAUAUGAAGUUAUUUUAAUACUCUCUGUGUGUCUGUAGCUGGUUGUGUGUUUAUGUAAUGAUGUGUGUGUGUGUGUGUAGGUGACUGUGUAAAGCAGACGGUACAGGGUCAUGGGGUGAGAGGACUGUACAGAGGACUCAGCUCACUGCUCUAUGGAUCCAUACCCAAAUCAGCUGUCAGGUAUGUGGAUGGCAUCUAGCCCUACACACACACACACACACACACACACACACACACACACACACACACACACACACACACACACACACACACACACACACACACCAAUUAUUUUGGUCCAUUACCCACAAUGCAUAGCUGAAAUGUCACGCUGGUCUCCUGUGUAAUUAUGUUAUUCUUUCCCAGAGAUUAUAUUUAUUCUCCUACCUGCUUUAUUCCACAUUCCACCGUUCUAUGGAGAACUCGGUGUCAGACAGGGGCAUUUAGCAUCUCUCUUUCUCUGAAUGUGUUUGUUUGUGUGCAUGUGUGUUAAAGGGCAGAGCCUGUCUGCAGAGUGAACAGACAGACCCAGCCAUGCGGAGCAGAGCUGCCAAUUCAUGUAUCAGUGGAGAUACAGAGAGGAAGACCUGUUGGUGUGUGUCUGUGUGUCAGUCAGUCAGCCUAGGGGAAGGGCUCAGUAAGGAAACAGGGUAUAGAGAUGGACAGGGCAACAAGAGUAGGCCACAUCAUCUGUCUAGUCUGACAGCUAUGUGUGUUUGUGUGUGUGUGUGUGUGUGUGUGUGCGAGUGCUUUUCUUCUCCCAAACUUAUUUUCCCAUUCCCUCUGUCCCCCUCCCACUACCAAUCCAUCAUUUUCUCCCCUUUCCCACCAUCUCCCCCAUCCCAUUAGCUGAUUGCCUGUUAUGUACAGUGUGGAGCAGUGGGGGGAGGGACAGGGGAGUGAAGGAGAUAAGAGAGUGGUGACGUUGAGACCAGAGAGACACUGGGCUUUAGUGGAGAGAGACUGACCUUUUUCAUCCACCCAUUUAACUCCACCUGCUUUCUCAUCCACCCCUUUCCUUUUUCCCUCAUCCUUUCUUUCCCAUAUACCUCCCUCCUCCCCUCAUCUCUUGGCGAGGAGCGACUGACCUUGCAGAUAGAGCCCUAAUGGGGUUGAGGAGACGUUCCAUGGUCUCUGUGACGACCAAGGUGCCUCUGACUCAUUCUGGACUUUGGCUGCUGGCCCGGCUGUUAUCCAUCAUGUUGGGAUGAUAACGUUUUUUCUGUCCAUUUGAAUUGGCUAAAGAGAGGAGGUAGUUUAGCCUUAGCACAUUGAAGUCAAUUUAAUCAUUUUAAUGGGAUAAUGUAAGGUAUAGUAUAGUGAAAAAAACACUAUACAGCCAAUUCCUUGCAGUCCAAUUAAGGUGGAUGAGAGAGAGAGAGAGAGACCUGUUUUGAAACUACAUCAUUGCCUUCUGUUUGCCAGUCGAGUCUGUGUGUUCCUGCACGACAGAGAGAGAAUGUGAGUUGUGAAGCGGCUAUCACUCAAACAAACAAACAUGAUUCUUGAGUAGAGACAGAGAAACAGAUACUACAUUUUAAUGAACAAAAAAAUAUGAGGUGAGAAAAAGAGAGCGAAAGAGAGUGAGAGCAAAUGGAGGGGUAGAGGGAGAAGAUAUGACGAAAUAAAACAGCGAGACACACCCAGAGAUGGAGACAGACAUCGGUCAGACCAGACACUCUCAGGUUAGAGGGCAGAGGCACAGGAAACCUAGCCUCGUGAAACCCGCCUGAUCUUGCAGUAUUUAUUUGUCACAUGCAGCGAAUAUAACAAGUGUAGACUUUACCGUGAAAUGCUUAAUUACAAGCCCUUUCCCAACAAUGCAGUUAAAAAGUAUGAAAAUUAAAUUUACAAAAUUAACAACAAGAAAAUAGUAACACAUUAAAUUAACACAAUAAAAUAUCAGUCUGUUUUACCAGGCUACAAGAAAACAAACCGUUAAUCAACACUAAGUGGAAAAGUGUCUUUCCUCCCCCUCAACACACACACUCCUGGGGUGAGACAGAACGCUCAGCUCGCUUUCAUGGUAGCAGUUGCUGGGCGUCCGCUGCUUCCUGAGUCAUCAGACUUUAUGGCUACAUCUUUUAACAAGGAUGUGCCUUACCUGCUGGGUAGCAAAACAUUCUGCAUCAUUAGCAGUUUGUUUCACUUCACCUUGGCAUCGAAGGAAGUCGUUUGCCUCUUGCCUCGAGGUGUAUCUAUGUGUCCACUUCCAUAGGACUGGGGCAAGACUUCUACUAAGAUUAAUAAUCUGUUUUAUGGUGCUCAGACAGGAAACUGGUGUGAAAUUCAGCUUAUCAGUAGUUUAGCUGAUUAAACCCAACCUGGCUUCCUCUAAGGUGUCCAGUGGGGUUAGAACUCAUUGAAGACUCUUUGUUGUUUCCAUAUCUCAUCCAGAGAUAUCAGUAACUCUGACCCUUCUCAUCUUCACAGUUAUACAGUAUCAGUUUCUGUGUUUUACUGUCACCUAGGUAACAAGGAGCCAGGCUAGAGGGAGAUUGUAUUGAGAGUUUUCUAGAUUCAUGUUUCUAGUCUGAUAUUCUAUAAAAUUCUAGGAUGAGAUUUUAGACUAUUCAAAUUCAAGUCUAGAAUCAAGCCUAACUCCUCUUCCUGAUAUCACUGUACCACACUCAAACCUGAGCAACAACAGCUCUGCUUGUUAUUGAUGACUCUCACUCAUGAGAACGACAUUGAUUGAACUAAUCAACUGGACUGGACAUUAUACUAACAUGUUCUCUCCUCCCCCUAUCUCAGGUUUGGUGUGUUUGAGUAUCUCAGUAACCAUGCCCGUGACGAGGCAGGGAAGUUGAACAGCACCAGGGGUCUGCUAUGUGGGCUUGGUGCUGGAGUCAUGGAGGCUGUAGUCAUAGUCUGUCCCAUGGAGACUGUCAAGGUACGUCUGAGACAGAGCAUCUCUAUAGCCUCCUUUAUAGUCUCUCUCCUCCUCUCCUCUCCUCUAUAGCUCUGUCUCCUUUUCCUGUCUCUCCUCCUCCUCUCCUCCAUACCCACCUCUCCUCUUUCUCUCGCUCCCCCGCUCCUCUCCCUUGUCUUUAUCCCCCUGCUCCCCUCCUCUCAGAUUCGGUGUCACUGAUACCCCCUACCCACUGGUCUGGGGUCAGCUGUCUAGCUGAUAAUUGUUUUGAUCUGACCUGAUCCCAAAUCAGUCUCUAUAUUUGUUACUUAUCUAAUCCAACAGCUGAAUGAGGGUUGACCCAAGCCUUCCAGGAAUGUAUUCCCUUCAAUCAUACUCUUUGAUAUGAUCUGAAUUAAAGGCCAGACAGACAAAAACAUCCCUCAAGGCUGUCUGUCUGCUCUCAGUGCUCUGUCAAACUGAUAAUAAAAUAAAGGAUCAGAAAAAAACAUGAUAAUGCAAUUUUUCCAGGUGCACGGUUGGGUUUGGGUAAUAAUACUGUCUGUCAGUGUGUGUGUGUGUGUGUGUAUGUUUGGUGAUUAAGCUGUCCCUGUGUUCUCUCUCAAGGUUAAAUUCAUCCACGACCAGUCUUCAGCCAACCCCAAAUACAGAGGCUUCUACCAUGGAGUCAGGGAGAUCAUCAGAACCCAAGGUAAGGAAGGAGGAGGGGGAAGUUGCCCUAGCCUAGACACUGAUUUAAGGCUAUUGUUUAGGGAGGGUAAUCUGGUCCUUCCACCCUAACCUUGAGCGAUCAACAAAGGCCAUGUAUGCGUCCCAAAUGGCACCCUAUUCCCUAUAUAGCCCCCAUAGGGCUCUGGCCAAAAGUAGAUGCAGAUUACCUUAUGUGUGGAUUCACACUGACAGUUAUUGUUUAAAGCUGAACUGAACUUGAGAACCAACUUCUCUCAUUGAAAACGGCUUAUGUGACAUCGAUUUUAGUCAAACAUUUCCAGUGCCAAAAUUGACUAAAAAGUGCAAGUAGGUUAAUUUUGUAUGGUCAAGUGCUGCAAAGAAAUACCUAGUUAAGCUGCAGCUGGCCCAGAACAGAGUGGCACGUCUUGCUCUUCAUUGUAAUCAGAGGGCUAAUAUUAAUACUAUGCAUGCCAGUCUCUGUUGGCUAAGAGUUGAGGAGAGACUGACUGCGUCACUUCUUGUUUUUAUAAGAAACAUUCAUGUGUUGGAAAUUCCAAAUGGUUUGCCUAGUGAACUUACACACAGCACUGACACAAUCACUUACCCCAUCAGACAUGCCACCAGGGGUCUUUUCACAGUCCCCAGGUCCAGAACAAAUUCAAGGAAACGUACAGUAUUAUACAGAGCCAUGAGUGCAUGGAACUCCCUUCCAUCUUAUAUAGCGCAAGUGAACAGCAAACCUGGUUUAAAAAACGAAUGAAACAACACCUCACGGCACAACGCCUCUCCCCAUGUGACCUACUUGUUGUGUGUAUGUACUGACAUACAGUGCAUUCGGAAAGUCUUCAGACCCCUUUACUUUUUCCAUAUUUUGUUACCUUACAGCCUUAUUCUAAAAUGGAUUAAAUAAAUAAAAAUCAUCAUCAAUCUACUCACAAUACCCCAUAAUGACAAAGCAAAAACAGGUUUUUAGAAAUGUUUGCAAAUUUACUAAAAAUAAAGAACAUAAAUACCUUAUUUACAUAAGUAUUCAGAUCCUUUGCUAUGAGACUCGAAAUUGAGCUCAGGUGCAUCCUGUUUCCAUUGAUCAUUCUUGAGAUAUUUCUACAACUUGUUUGGAGUCCACCUGUGGUAAAUUUGACAGUGCAUGUCAGAGCAAAAACCAAGCCAUGAGGUCGAAGGAAUUGUCCGUAAGGCUCAGAGACAAGAUUGUGUCGAGGCACAGAUCUAGGGAAGGGUACCAAAACAUUUCUGCAGCAUUGAAGGUCCCCAAGAACACAGUGGCCUCCAUCAUUCUUAAAUGGAAGAAGUUUGGAACCACCAAGACUCUCCCUAGAGCUGGCCGCCCGACCAAACUGAGCAAUCGGGGGAGAAGGGCCUUGGUCAGGGAGGUGACCAAGAACCGAUGGUCCUCUGACAGAGCUCCAGAGUUCCUCUGUGGAGAUGGUAGAACCUUCCAGAAGGACAACCAUCUCUGCAGCACUCCACUAAUCAGGCCUUUAUGGUAGAGUGGCCAGACGGAGGCCACUCCUCAGUACAAGGCACAUGACAGCCCGCUUGGAGUUUGCCAAAAGGCACCUAAAGAACUCAGACCAUGAGAAAAAAGAUUAUCUGGUCUGAUGAAACCAAGAUUGAACUCUUUGUCCUGAAUGCCAAGCGUCACGUCUGGAGGAAACCUGGCACCAUCCCUACGGCUAAGCAUGGUGGUGGCAGCAUCAUGCUGUGGGGAUGUAUUUCAGCGGCAGGGACUGGGAGACUAGUAGGGAUCGAGGGAAAGAUCAACAGAGCAAAGUACAGAGAGAUCCUUGAUGAAAACCUGCUCCAGAGCACUCAGGACCUCAGACUGGGGAAAAGGUUCCCCUUCUAACAGGACAACAACCCUAAGCACACAGCCAAGACAAUGCAGGAGUGGCUUCGGGACAAGUCUCUGAAUGUCCUUGAGUGGCCCAGCCAGAGCCCGGACAUGAACCCGAUCGAACAUCUCUGGAGAGACCUGAAAAUAGCUGUGCAGCGACGCUCCCCAUCCAACCUGACAGAGCUUGAGAGGAUCUUCAGAGAAGAAUGGGAGAAACUCCCCAAUACAGGUGUGCCAAGCUUGUAGCAUCAUACCCAAGAAGACUCUAGGCUGUAAUCGCUGCCAAAGGUGCUUCAACAAAGUACUGAGUAAAGGGUCUGAAUACUUAUGCAAAUGUUAUAUUUCUGUUUUUUAUUUGUAAUACAUUUGCAAAAUUCUCUAUAAACCUGUUUUUGCUUUGUCAUUAUGGGGUAUUGUGUGUAGAGUGAAGAGGAAAAAAAACAAUUUAAUCAAUUUUAGAAUAAGGCUGUAAUGUAAAAAAAUGUGGAAAAAGUGAAGGGAUCUGAAUACUUUCCGAAUGCACUGUAUAUAACUGAUAGAUGCACGCACACACACACUACAUGUUGUUUUUAAAUGUAUGUAUAUUGUAAAGUAUUUUGUCUGUAAUGUUUAAAUCAAAUCAGUAUCGUCCAAAACUGAGAUUUGUGAGAUUUGUGUAUAAGAGUUCGUCAUGACUUACACUGAGUAUACUAAACAUUAGGACACCUUAAUAUUGAGCUGCACCCCCUUUUGCCCUCAGAACAGCCUCAAUUCAUCGAGGCAUGGACUCUACAAGGUGUCGAAAGCGUUCCACAGUGAUGCUGGCACAUGUUGACUCGAAUGCUUCCCACAGUUGUGUCACGUUGGCUGGAUGUCCUUUGGGUGGUGGACCAUUCUUGAUACACACAGGAAAAUGUUGAGCGUGAAAAACCCAGCAGCGUUGCAGUUCUUGACACACUCAUACCAGUGCGCCUGGCACCUACUACCAUACCCCGUUCAUUGGCACUUACAUUUUUGGUCUUGCCCAUUCAACCUCUGAAUGGCACACAUACACAAUCCAUGUCUCAAUUGGCACACAUAUACAAUCCAUGUCUCAAUUGUCUCAAGGCUUAAAAAUCCUUCUUUAACCCGUCUCCUCCCCUUCAUCUACACUGAUUGAAGUUGAUUUAACAAGUGACAUCAAUAAGGGAUCAUAGUUUUCACCUGGAUUCACGUGGUCAGUCUAUGUCAUGGAAAGAGCAGGUGUUCUUAAUGUUUUUAUUAUUCAUUGUACUUGAGGGUUGGGUUUUGAUUUCGACAAUGCCCAUUUGCCCACUACCAUGGGAUAAACAGCUACGGUCAUUGCGGUCUAUUUAAUCGUACGGCAAAACACACAGACAGUGAGACAGACCUGCCCAGCAGCACAGUGGAGACGACUUUGUUUACAUAAGACAACACGUCACACAUUUUUGAAUUUGAGAAAUACUGCACCAAACACAUUAGCUAGAUGUAAAAUAGCGCAACUAAAAGUUCCUCGGCAAAAAUGUCAAAAUGAAUUACAGAUUUAUUGAGUUAUCUUAGAUUAAUUCGGACUAUUUUGAGGAAGUGAUACUGGCUUUGUUCCUAUGGUGUCUCAUGGGGGACAAACAUCAGUAACUGCCACAUCGAACAACAACCCCAAGACUGAAAUCUCGUUUUUCUUAAUGAGCAACAGAAAAACACAUGCGGAAUCGGUGUGUUCAGUCACUCUUUAAAGUGGGUAGUGCAUAAUGCUGCUACUACAUCCAGUGAUGCUAACUGCUGCUAACUGCUGCUGUCUGCUACUGUACCCCAGGUAUUAGGGGGACGUACCAGGGCCUGACGGCCACCGUCCUGAAGCAGGGCUCCAACCAGGCCAUCCGAUUCUACGUCAUGACCUCCCUCAGGAACUGGUACAAAGGUACGGGAGUGUCAGCUAACAUUAUCAGGAUUCCAGGGGCCAGAUGUAUCAAGUGUCUCAGAGUAGGAGUGCUGAUUUGGGAUCAGCUUAGCCUUUAGAUCACAAUGAAUAUGAUUACAUCGACAGAGGGGAGCUGAUCCUGGGCCCUGGAUGCAUGUUUACAGGUCUACACCACACAGACAAUGCUGACCUCUAGUGGUCACUUGUAAAAAGGCACUCUCUUUGACAAGCGUACUGUGUGUAUCCCACUUGGGUGAGUGUUAAAGAUCAUUCUGUCUUGUGUGUCUCCUCUCCCCAGGGGAUAACACCAAUAAGGCCAUUAACCCCAUGGUGACGGGAACGUUUGGAGCCAUCGCAGGAGCAGCCAGUGUGUUCGGGAACACCCCCCUAGAUGUCAUCAAGACCAGGAUGCAGGUACAGGAUAGGGUACCGUUAUAGGCACUUGUGUACAUCUGAAAGAAUUGAAUGUGUUAGAAAUACAUGUAUGGCGUAACUCCACCUCUGUCUAAGUGAAUAACCCUGUGUCUUUCUCUCUCUAAGGGUCUGGAGGCUCAUAAGUAUAAGAGUACGCUGGACUGUGCCUUGAAGAUCAUGAGACACGAGGGUGUACGAGCGUAAGUGCACCACUAUACUCUUCUAUACAAUCAAACUUUAUGUAUAACUCCCUUAAGGAACAUAAUGGUACUAUUUACUGCUCAUUCCAUCUCAUUCCUGAGGUUCUACUCCAUAGAGAUCCUGAGUUCUACAUAUAUGAUGUUCUACUCUCCUUGUUCUGUGUUCUCUAGGUUCUAUAAGGGGACGGUUCCUCGGCUGGGUCGUGUGUGUCUGGAUGUGGCCAUCGUCUUCAUCAUCUAUGAGGAGGUGGUCAAGGUUCUCAACACGGUCUGGAAGACGGAGUGA